CCCAACAAAUCGAACUGUUAUUUCUCCAUUUGGACCGAAGAUCGUCUAGACCCGAUCAAGACAAUCUAUUGUCCUCGUAUUUCUGCAUUGUGCACUACAAAGACGAGCUUAGACAAGCUACAAAUAUGCCUUCCAUCAGCGAAGCACCCAAGAAGUUUGACUUCAUCGUCGUCGGAGGUGGCACAGCUGGCUGCGUAGUUGCUGGCCGCCUUGCAGAGAACCCCAAGGUCAAUGUCCUAGUCAUCGAAGCCGGUAUUGGGAACCCCGAAGACAUUGACGCUAUCACAACUCCAGCCAAGGCCUUUGAGUUGCGCGGCAGCAAGCAUGACUGGGCGUACAAGACCACCAUGAUCGACCGGCCCGAGUACACGCGCAUCGAGAAGCCAAACACCCGCGGUAAGGUUCUCGGCGGGAGCAGCUGUCUCAACUACUAUACCUGGAUCCCAGGCUCGGCGGCGACUUUUGAUGAGUGGGCUGAGUAUGCUGGGGAUGAAUGGACCUGGAAGAAUGUGAAGGAGUAUCUGUACAAGCCAGCCAAGUAUCACGAUGACCGGGAUUUGUACCGGCCCGAGCUCAAGUACAUCGGACCGGACGGGCCCAUACCCGUCUCGCAUGCGGACCUGGUCCCAGAGCUUGAGCCAUUCCGCAACGCUCUCGAGAAGGCCUGGGUCAGCAAGGGCGAGGAACUCACCGAUGAUGUGCACAAUGGCACCAUGCGAGGGCUGUGGAAGUCCACCAACUCCAUCUAUGACGGCAAGCGGUCGUCCAGCUGGAUGUAUCUCACGGGAAAGGAAAAUGUCGCGGUCCUGUCCAAGACCAACUCCAAGCGCAUCAUUAUUGAAGAUGGCAAGGCGACUGGCGUGGAAGUUGUCGGCCCAGACGGCAACUCUUACACCUUUGAGGCCCAUCACGAAGUCAUCAUCUCUCAGGGUGUCUUCGAGUCUCCCAAACUGCUGAUGCUCUCUGGUAUUGGACCUGAGAAGACGCUCAAGGAGUUCGGCAUCACUCCUGUCGUUGCAUCAGAGAAUGUGGGCCAGCAUCUUCUGGACCACCCCAUCAUGCCUCACGUGUUCCGUCUCAAGGAGGGCCUGGGCCUGGACAGCCACCUGCUCCGCCCUGGCCCAGCUCGCGAUGCAGCUGUGUCCGCCUACGUCAACAAGAACAAGGGCCCUUACACCAGCGGCCUUCUCGAGGUCGUCGGACUCCCACGUAUCGACUCGUGGCUUGAAAAGGACGAAGAGUACGCCGCCUACAAGAAGGCCAACGGCGAUGUCGACCCCUUCGGACCCGGCGGCCAGCCACACUUUGAGAUUGACUUCGUCCCCAUGUUCUCGGACGCGUUCCAGUGGCACAUCCCCUGCCCGCCCGAGGGCGACUGGUUCACCGUCAUCGUCGACCUGCUCCGCCCGCUCUCGCGCGCCGGCACCGUGACGCUGAACUCGCUGGACCCGCUCGAGCAGCCCAAGGUCAACAUCGACUUCUUCGAGAACCGUCUUGACCUCGUGGCCCUCCGCCAGGGCGUCCGCUUUGUGGACGACAUCCUGAUGAACGGCGAGGGCAUGAGGGACAUCCUGGGCGAGGACUAUCCGUGGCCGAUGCCGCGGCAGUCGGACGAGGCGAUGGAGACGAUGAUCAAGGAGAGGUCACAGACUGGCUUUCAUCCGUGCGGGACCACUCGUAUGGGCAAGGACAUUGAGCAAGGCGCGGUUGAUAGCAAGCUCAAGGUGUACGGGGUGGACAAGCUUCGUGUCAUUGAUGCCUCUGUCAUCCCCGUCAUCCCGGAUUGUCGCAUCCAGAAUGCGGUUUACAUGAUCGGAGAAAAGGGAGCCGAUAUGAUCAAGGCAUCUUAUCCGGAACUGUACUCUUGAGUGUGCAUUCCAUGAUUGUACUGUGAUUCACGGUUGUUAUGAAUUCAGAUGGAAAUAUACGGCAGGUUAGGUAUAGGUCAGGGCUGCAGCAGUAUACCCCCAAUGUUGUCCCUGCUUUUCAAGUCAGACAAUCAUUCUUUUGAUUGUAUCGAACAAUCUUUUCAACAUAGAUUCUCAAGCCCGUCUGCUUUCAUGGUAUGAAUUGUUUGGAAUGUCUUGAUGAGGCAACAGCCCAUGAUAUCACUUUGUAUCAUGAUGGGCUGGGCGUGCAACAUGUGCUGCCUCUGCAGUUUAAUCACCCCAUGAGAAUAACCAUCCUGAACCGAUACACCAAAUAAUAACUUUUUUUGGGAACAAGUAUAGUUACUCAUCUUAAUGCACUAAACCUGUUUUAUUAU